GGAACAUUUCGUUCGUAAGUCACACUUGGUCACACUCGGCAACCAAAAUACGAAAAUAAUGUCAUAUAUAAAUUAUAAAAAUUAUUUGUACAAUCACAAUGUACACCGGUUAGUUUGUAGGUUUUCAGGGCAAGGUAGCAAUACGAAAUGGACAACUUAAAUUUAUACGAGGUGCUGGGAGUGGCUCCGGAUGCGGGCGCCGAGGAAAUAAAGAAGAACUAUCGCAAAUUGGCCAAAGAGUUCCAUCCAGACAAGAAUCCUGAUGCGGGUGACAAGUUCAAAGAGAUAUCCUUCGCCUACGAAGUGCUUUCCGACCAGAAGCGUCGCAUCUACGACCGUUACGGACUGAAGGGUCUCCAGGAGGGCGCUGAGGGAUUCAGCGAUGCCUCCGACUUUUUCGCUCAGUGGUUUCCUUUCGAACGCUCAUCGACCGGGGGACGUGGAAAGCGAGAGGGCAAGGUCGUGGUCAAAGUGGAGCUGACGCUGGAAGAGAUCUAUGUGGGUGGCAUGAAGAAGAAUCUGGAGUAUAAGCGCCAGAAGUUGUGUGGCAAGUGCAAAGGCGACGGCGGUCCCAAGGAGGGGCGCGAGAGCUGUGAGGCAUGCGGCGGGGCAGGGCGUGCAACUGCCUUCACCUUCAUGGGGCUGAGUCCCUUCGAUGCGACCUGCCCGGCUUGCGAUGGUCGAGGCUUUACCAUAAAGGAAAACAUGAAGUGCAGUCCCUGUCACGGAAGCGGUUUCGUGGAAGAGAAAAUGAAGCGGGAUCUCGUGGUGGAGCGAGGAGCACCGCAUAUGCUUAAAGUGCCAUUUGUGAACGAGGGCCACCAGAUGCGCGGUGGCGAGUUCGGAGACUUGAUUGUCGUCCUUGCCCAGAAGGAUCAUUCACUCUUUCAGCGCCGUCACGCCAAUCUGUACAUGCAUGACCUCGAGGUCAACAUCACGGAGGCAUUGUGCGGCUACAAGCAUUGCUUCAAGCAUCUGGACGGGCGGAACGUUUGCCUUAGUACCCAGCCGGGCGAAGUGCUGCAUCACAACCACAUCAAGAUGGUGCGUGGCUGUGGAAUGCCAGACUUCAGCCAACCGACCAUAUGCGGGGAUCUUUAUGUGAAGUUUAAGGUAACAUUUCCCGACAAUGACUUUGCGACAGCUCCCCAACUGGCCAUGCUGGAGGAUAUACUGCCGGCCAGGGAGAAGACAGUUGUACCCAAAAACGCCGAAGAGGUGCAAAUGACAGAUUACAAGCCACAGCCCAGGCAACAGCAAGAAGACGAGGACGGCCAAUCGCCGCACUUUGAGGGCGUUCAAUGCCAGACGACUUAGUGCCUGUGGUUGUGGCUCCUGCAGGCACGGUUCCUCUGCCUCGAUCUGUGCCAGAUCCUGGGCGCACUUAGUAUGGAUGAGGUCUGCUUCUUGGUGCCGCUGCUCGUCUUAAUAUGCAUAGUAUUAUUUUUCAUACAGGAAUGUUUGCUGUGAAAAGCGCGUGAUCUAAAUUCGUAGUAUACUAACUAACGCCAGUAUUCGAGACUAAAGCAUAGCUGAUUCUGAUCUUCAAUAGGAAUGUAAACAAUACAUUAGCCACGCUAAAUUAACACAUUAACCCGCUAAUAUUUAUUGUUUCUCUUGUCCUAAUAUCCCCACAUAAUAUAAAUAACAAAUUACACUUUUA